AUGAAUCAUCAGUCGCUUGAAACCCCACAACGGGGUAAUAGCCAAAAUCAUCAUCAUCGUCAUAAUCAACAACAACAUCCUUAUAAUCCUCGAUCAACUAUUAAUAUUGUCGAAAGUCCCGAUAACAGAGGAUCAAUAGUUGCUGAACCAGAAAUUGACUCCCCAACUAAACAUGAUAAUGAUUCAAGUCCAAAAAGAAAAUUCAACCCAUUUGGUCAUAACCGAUCACAUUCUCAUACUACAAGCAAUCACAAACGAUUAUUCUAUCCAAUACAUCAUGAUGGUCGAUAUCAUAACAUAAUGCAAAAUCAAACUAGCGGUGCGCCUCCACUACAAGCAGCCCCGCCACCUCCACCUUCUCCUACAUCAAAACCAAGAAGACAAGUAUCAAUGCGAAAUCCCAUCACCAAUACUAAUAACAGUAAUCAAAAUCUUCGAGAGAAUCAAAAACCAAUCCAACAUAAACCAAUAACACAACCAAAUUGGAAGAGUUUGAUCCCUCCAAUUCCUGGAAAACCCGAACCAACUUAUAUCACUCCAGAUACCCUACAGCAACAAAGACAAAACAAAGAAAUAGAUAAUGAUGAAUUUGAUUUCUCAACAAAUAGACCUCAGCUAUCACAUGAAACUUCAAAACUGUACAAUGCUACUUAUUCCAUGCAAUCAUCGUCCAAUAAUGUUGAAACUCGAGAAAGUCGGUCAAAUACCGUUCCAUCCAAUUCUAAAUAUGCAUUGGACCCUUCACAGCGUCAUUCCAUAGCAGUAUCACCCAGUCCAGAAAGUCAACAACAACAACGAGAACGUGUCGAGAAAUAUGGCAAUCAUGCUCCAAUACUACCAGGAUCUUUCCCAACUCAACAGCAACAGCAGCAGCAGCAACAACAACAGUUGCAGCAGCUGUCGUCACGUAAUUCCCUGGAUCGCUCACUGCCAACUAAAAAGGGAACAAGAAAAAAGGCAAGAAAGAUUUGUGCAAAAUGUGGAUUGGAAAUAACUAGUCAGUUUGUUCGUGCUUUACAAAGUGCUUAUCAUGUCGAUUGUUUUACUUGUUAUGAAUGUGGCAAACAAUGUUCAGCAAAAUUCUUUCCUUAUGAUGUACCUAACAAGAAUGACCAAGGAAUAGAAGAUGGGUCAACCAUCCAAGUAGCCUUAUGUGAGUAUGAUUAUUUCAAGAAGUUGGAUUUGAUUUGUUUUUCGUGUAAUUCUGCUUUGAGAGGUCCAUAUAUCACCGCUUUGGGUAAUAAAUAUCAUUUGGAACAUUUUAAAUGCCAUGUUUGUCAAAGAGUUUUUGAAUCAGAUGAAAGUUACUACGAGCAUGAAAACAAUAUUUAUUGCCAUUUCCAUUAUUCUAAAUUAUAUGCAUCUCAUUGUGAAGGUUGUCAAUCUUCUAUUGUGAAACAGUUUGUUGAACUUUAUAGAGGUGGAAGAAAUCAACAUUGGCAUCCAGAAUGUUAUAUGGUACAUAAAUUUUGGAAUGUCUGUAUUAGUCCAGAUUCAGUUGGGUUGCAAAAAUUAUUUGAUUUGUCUGAUGAAACAUUAAGUGGAUUAAAAUUGUUGAAAGAUGGCAAUACAAAUGGCAAAAAAAUUGAUUCCGCAACCUUGAUUGCUGUUGAACAACAAAUUGAACAGGUGGUUAUGAAAUGUUGGUUGACUCUUUCUGGAUAUGAAGAAAUCACCGCCAAGUGUAUUUCCGAUAUGUUGCUUUAUGCAUGCACGGGGAAUAAGUUUAAUGGAAUUGUUGUCACUGGGAAAUUGGUACUUAACGUUGAAGUUUUAUUUAAUGCUUUAGAUUAUGUUUUCCGCAUGUGCAAUAGUUCAACUGAUUUGUUACAUGAAAAAUAUGGCACUCCUAAUCAUGAUGAUCUGGAAUCAUCAAGUACUGAAGAUGAAUAUUUUCAAAUGCUUAAAAAGGAACCAAGAAAUAUCACAGGUAAAAUUAUGAGUUAUCUAGCUAUUCUAAGGAAAUCUGAUCAUAUUGCCAAAUCUGGAAGUUUGUCUGCAGAAUUGUUGUCUGUUAUUACUGGAUGUGCUCAUUAUUUGAAAUUGUUGAUUAGAAUUGGAUUGUACAAUGCUUUAAAGUUGAAUAAAUUGUAUGGAACAACAAAUGCAAUUGAAAAGUUUUUGCAGUUGACUUCUGAACAUGAAGCAAUCAAUUUAUUAGCCGGAGAUGAAAUUACCCAAGUUAAUUUGAUUAAUUCCAAAUUAGCUAUUCCUGCGGUUUCAACCGAUGCUUGUAGUUCUUGUGCUAAAAGUAUUGAAAGAUCAUGUCUUAAGUUGGAUAAUAAUCGUUGGCAUAUUAAAUGUUUUGUGUGUUCAUCCUGUGAAAGAACAAUUCCUGUAUCUGAAGCUAGUGAUACCAAAUUUGCUUUGAUCCAUCAAUGUAUUAUUUGUAAAAAUUGUCAAUGUGAGAAUUAUGAUGUUGGAUUCCAGGUGGUGUCCGAUUUGUCUCAAUUGAUUUAUUUAUUGAAGAUUGCUUUAUUCAGAUCACGUUCUGUGAUGAAGAUUGACUUGACCCAAGUUCCUGAAAAUUUCUCAGCUGAAAGGGAGUCAGAAGAUACUGAAUAUACUGCUGAAGAUAAUUAUUCACAGACAUUGAAUGAUGUUACAAGGUUAAGAAGUAAACGUCAAAGCCAGAAAUUAUCCAAAUCAGUCAAGAAAAAGGCAAGAAAAUCUAUUAUUGUUGAGGCCCCAGAAGCAGAUAAAGCCAAGAAGGAAGAGUUUAAGAAUGUUUCUGAACACACAAUUACUGAAGAAUUGAAUGACCUCAGUUUUGAACAACCACCUCCAAUAACAGAAGCCAGAAAAACAAGCACUACAUCACAAUUGUCAUUUGAAGAUGGUGGUGAAAAUGAGAAAUUUUCUGUUUCAAGAAAGAAAUCACUUAAAAUUAGAGACGAACCACAACGACAAGUUACAAACACCAAUCUUGAUCGCACUUCAGAUUUAUUGAAAAAUGAACGAUCAUUAACAUUGGAUGAUAUUCCAAGAAUUGUUGCUGCUGAACAAGCUAGAGAUCAACGACCAAAUGCAUUUAAGCAUCAUAAUAGUUUGUAUCAACGCCAAAGUACCCCUCAUAGAUUGAGAAGUACUGGACAACGCGCUUCAACUUCGGUUAUUACUCCAACAGGUGUUUUGGAGAAUAUUUUGAAUUCAUCACAGCCUCCACAGCCUAUUGAUAAAGACGAAAAUCGCAAGCAAAAGUAUUAUUCGGAAUUAUCCAAAGAUGAACAUUAUAUUAUCCGUCACAUUGCAGUUGAAAUAUUGAGUCAAAUCAGUAGUAAUUAUGCAAAUAAAGAUGAAUUGAUUUCAUUAGUACAAAUUAAGAAACAAGGUGGUGGUACUUUCUGGGAUAAGUUUAGAUUUGGAGACACCAAGAAGGAAAAGAAUAUGGCAGUAUUUGGAGUUGAUUUACAAACUUUGACCAAUAAAUAUGGUAUUGAUUCUGAUUUGGGAGUUGGACCCUCAAAAUUGAGAAUUCCUAUAGUUGUUGAUGAUAUAAUUGCAGCUUUAAGACAAAAGGAUAUGUCAGUCGAAGGUAUUUUCCGAUUGAAUGGUAAUAUCAAGAAGUUGCGUGAAUUGACUGAACAAAUCAAUAAGAAUCCAUUGCAAUCACCAGAUUUCAGUUUACAAAGUGCCGUUCAAUUAGCUGCGUUGAUGAAGAAAUGGUUGAGAGAACUUCCAAAUCCUUUGUUGACAUUUAAUUUAUAUGAUAUUUGGAUUUCAUCACAACGUGUUUCUGAUCCAAUGAUUAGAAAGAAGAUUUUACAAAUGGCGUAUUGUAUGUUACCUAGAAGUCAUCGAAAUUUGGUUGAAGUAUUGUUGUAUUUCUUUAGUUGGGUGGCUUCAUUUGCUGAAAUUGAUGAAGAAACAGGCUCUAAAAUGGAUUCCCAUAAUUUGGCCACGGUUAUUGCACCAAAUAUUUUAAUUUCAAAAGCUACUGCUAGUUCAGCAAAUGAUUCUUCAAAUGGAAGUUCAGGAGGUAAUAGUACUGUUGGAUCAGCACCAGGAGAGAAUUACUUUUUGGCUAUUGAAGUUGUUAAUCAACUAUUAGAGAAUCAAGAAGAAUUUUCUACAAUACCUAAUGAAUUGUUGGAUAUUUAUGAUAUUUGUGGAUUUGAUAACUUGCCAAAGAAAGAAUUAUCAAGUAAAGAAAUUAUGAACAAGAUUGAAAAAGGUGUUGCAACAAUGGCAACAACAUCAAGUUCCACAGGUGGUAAUUAA